AUGGCCCACUGGAGAGAGGAGUACUCCGCCGCUCUGGCGGCUCGCGAUCGACGAGAAAAAGCCAACGUUGCUAUCUUAAAUGCCUAUACCCAACUUGCCGACCGGACCGGCCGUAUAGCAACAGCUGUCAACAGUGCCCAAAGCUCUUUCCCGAUAGACAGUCACAAUGAUAUCCCCCAACCUCCAGUGCCAGAUCCCAUGAAACAAGGCGUAGCAUUACCGGGACCCUCUCUCCAGGAUACUUUAGCUGCAGCACGCACGGAUCUAUCUGAGGCGCAACGGUCCCGAUCAGAGCUACAGGAUCGGCUUACUCGCACAACGGCCGAGCUAGAGAAACUGCGAAAACGAAGCUCACAGGACUCACGUCGCAUUGCUGUACUAGAAAAAGAAGUUGCUCAGUUGCAACUGCGAUUGAAGGAUAGGGAUGAGGAGUUGAGGGGAAAGGCUAAAUUGCUAGAUGAUUUCCAAGACGAGCUUGCAUCACUAAACCUGCAGCUCAAUAUGGCCGAGGAGCGGUCCAACCGGCUACAGAAGGAAAACCAGGAGUUAGUCGACCGGUGGAUGGCAAGGAUGGGCAAAGAAGCGGAGGCGAUGAACGAAGCCUCGCGAUUUUCAUGA